GAUCUGGACCUCUAACGGUCUCUCAGACUGAUCUGGGACCAGGACCAGCUUCACUAGCCCCGCCCACCAUCUGUCACUCACAGCCGCAGCAGGGACCCGUAUGAAAACAGACCAGAACGUUUGUCUAUCCGAGCCGAGCCGUGCUGACCCGGGUUCUGGUCUCAACGGAGCCUCUGGACUCACCGGUGCUCGGUCCUCCGCAGGUAAACACACCGAGACACGUGAAGAGGGAUCCGCGCGCUUCCGUCUCCCGGCUUCUCCUCAUACGUCAUGUGACCAUUCCAGCCAAUGAGACACUGGUCACGUGGAUUUGGAGGUGCUUCCGGGUCGGCAGGAGGAGAGAUUGUGGGACCGACAGAGAAAAGACAACAACACUAAAUACUCAUAAGUAACAACAACAACAACAACAACAUGAUCGACUACUGAGGGAAGCCGCCUGUCUGUCGUGCACCUGUGACGUCAUGUCCAAACAGAGGAGUUGUGCUAAAGCUCUGAUCAUCACAGACGACAAGCAGGCGGAUGACCUGAACCCAUUCUCCUUCAGAGAGUUCCUGCGCUGGAAGAACCUGGAACCAGAACCAGAUGUGGAAUCAGACCUGGACCAGACACACAGACAGAGGUUGUUGGAGGGCGUGACCUUUGACCCUGAGGCCAGAAGCUGUUUCUUGUCGGAGUCUUCUCUGGACCCUCAGGAGGAGGAGUGGGGGCGGAGCUUCCAGUUAGGUGUGGAGAGCACCUCCUCCCUCUGCACAGAGGAGGAGGAGGAGGAGGAGGAGGUGGAGGAAACCAGGUUCUCCUCCAGACCUGAGGUCCAGCAGGGAGCAGGAGGAGGAGCAGAGCAUUAUGAAGGAGAUGAUGAAACCUCCAUGGCUGAAGCCGUCUCCCCCUGCAGGAGGAGGAGCUCACAGCAGGAGGAGAACCAGUCUCUGAGGAGAUCCAUCAGGGAGCUGGAGAGGAGCUCACAGGCCAACCAGCGCAGGGUGGAGCAGCUGACGGAGGAGCUGCUGCAGAGGAGGCAUCGAGAGGAGCAGGAGGCGCAGGUUCUGGACAGCAUGGUGCACUCUGUGGAGCAGAACCUGACCCUGAUGACGAAGCGAGCAGUGAGGGCAGAGCUGUCUGUCUCUAAGCUGAAGUCGGAGCUGCAGCAGCUGCAGGUGGAGGUGGACUCCCUGCGCUCGGAAAACGAGGGUCUGAAGGCGGCAGAGUCGGAGGUCGUCAUGACGAUGAGACAAAGCGCUCAGGUGGCGUCUGAGUACCUGAACCAGACGGCGAGCCACGCCCACUCCUCCAUACGGCAGCUGCUGGGGGGGGCGGAGACCCUCUCUCUGGUCGCCCAGCUGUUGGCCUCCAUCGACAGAGUUUCCUCAGAGGACGCUCCGGGAUGAAAGACUUCCUACAGGUGCUUUACUCUGAAGGGGAAGAUGACAAGCAGCAGGACUGGCUGCUGCCUGGACGUGAUAGGCUAAGGGGCGGGACAUCUCUAAGCUGGUGACCAACCACAACAGAGCCGGCCAAAUACUGAUCUCUGAACACCAGCAGGAGAGGAUUCUUUAAAGUGCAGGCUAUAUUUGAGUCAUGAAAGAAGCCGGUAGCUUGAACCGUUUUAAGCGUGUAAAUGUGUUCCGUUGUUAAACAUCACCCAACAUGAUUUCUAUCUGACAGGCUGAACCUGAAGCAGGACCCUGAUGUACUUCUACACCUAUGUCCCGUUGAGACAAUAAAAGAGAAUCAGCAGAAUGAACUUCAUGCUUUUAUUCAGCAGAUAUGUGUAUCCAUAUAAUAAAGCCUUGUUUAAUAGUG